AUGCUGGCGCGAGGUGAGGAUCCGCAGCUUCCAGGGGCGAAGCUUCGCUUGGCAGCCCAUCUUUGCGGACAGGAUUGCCUCAGGGCGCUCGCUGGUGACGUCGGCCACAUCUCGGGGCUGCAUGCACUUCUGGGCUUCGGGCGAGCGCAGCUCAAUCCGACUAAGGCAAAUCUGGCAUCUGACUGGCAGCCAGAGGGUGCCGCCCGUGGUCUCCGCACUCUGGCCUCUGCACUGCCAAGUGUGGAGUUCAUUCUUCAGGUGAACGAUGAAACACAGGAGCUCUUCAGGUCCCUCUUCCAGUCGACGGAGCCUCCACCGCCCAACUUGGCAGUGUUGCUGGAUGCGUCCUGCGGCCUGGGCGUGGCGCCGGGCCGCUGGUCUGCGCCACCGAAAGUUGUGCGACGCUUUGGUUUCGCUGGUGGCUUGGGGCCAGACACGGUCCUUCAGCAGCUGCAGCGCAUGGCUGAAGCUUGCGAGGAGGAUCACAGGGAUGCGUCGGUCUGGAUCGACAUGGAGUCCCGCAUCCGCAGCCAGUCUGCAGCCGGUGCCGACUGCUUCGACUUGAUGCUGAUCCGACAAGUUGCCGAGCUGGUCCUGAAGUCUGGAUGGCUGCUGAAGAGCAGCUUGUAG